UCGUCAAAGGUGCUCAGUUAUUUGAUCGUAUACAGCCGCGGUGACAGGUUGUUACUUAGCCGGGACCGGCCAGCGCUGGAACCUCGUGAUCUAAGGUUGGCAUACAACUAUACCUUUUCAGCAUUUUUCAGUAGUAGCUCUACACCAUGGCUGCCACCAAGCAGUAUCGGACAGAGCAGGAUCGCAUCGAUUCCCUCACCAUGGCGAUAACGAACCCGAACGUUGUGGGCUCUGGCUAUAUCCAUUUCCCACCUCAGCGGCCGUUUGAGAAGCCUGUUGUCUUCCAGCCGCCCACUGUUGCGCACCUUGAGUUUCCCUCCGAGUACCAGGAAUAUAUCCGGGCGACAGGCCAGCAGCCCCCUGCUGGGGCUCCGCAGGCCACUCCUGCGAGCACAGCUGUUCGGCCACCACCAGCUGUCGCGCCGCGCUCUCCCGGCCCAGUUGCACCGGCACCUGCACCGCAGUCCCGGCCGCAAGGCCCCCCUCCUCCGCAGUACCAGCAGCAGCAGUACAGGCCGCCCCAGCAGGGCUACCAGGGGCCCCCGCCCGCCCGGCCCCAGGCUCCUCAGGCCGCUGCGCCGCAAAGGCCUCCUCACGGCCCUCCGCCUGCUCGCCCCGCCGCUCCGCCCCAGCAGUACGGCGCGCGCCCCGCAGCCCCUCCUGCACACCCGCAGCCCCAGUACGGCAUCCGCCCGGCAGCACCGCCUCCUGCAGCGCAGCGCCCCAUGUCCGCCGCACCCUCGCCUGCGGUCCACCCGGCGCACCCCGUGCCGCGGCCGGCGGCACCCGUGCCCGCGCGUGCUCCUGCGCAGGCCCCUCCCGCGAGGCCUCCGGCUGCUGCCGUGCACCAGCCGCCGGCCCCUAGGCCCCAGCCCGUCGCUCCUGCUCCGGCGCCGGUGCCGGUGCAGGCGCUGGCUCAGAAGGUGCAGGCUGUGAACUUGAACCACGACGAGGACGACAGCGAUGACGACGACGAGGGAGGAAAGGGCGGCAUGAGCAAGUCGCAGAAGAAGCGCCUUCGCAAGAAGCUCCGCGAGCAGGCGGCGGGCAAGUAAGCGCAGAGCAGGGAAGGCUGGUCGUUUGUCGUACAUGCGGGUGCUAGGCCACCUUCUACGCCCUCCUCUUCUCUCCUGUACAUGCUGCGGAGUCGGUCGCUUAGGGUCUGCGCGUGCUCUUGUGUGGUGGGUAGGACGGGGUAUGUUUUAAGGGCUGCGUGCGAGAGUCUCGGGUGUAGGCAAUAGGGCAGCUCGUCAGGCCUUCGAGGAGGCUUGUUGGAAAGAGAUGGUGAGCAGAGUGUGUGGUGUUACUUGGGUGCUGGUUCUGUGUGUCUCUCCAUGUGACUGGGUGAGACAUGAGUGCAUGCAACGUGAAAUCGACGCUUCAGUCCGAGGAUUUGGUCCUGGGGUCGGUCGCGUUGUGAUUCAUCCUCUUGAGACUGUCAUGCUGGUCACGCUUGCUUGGUAAGAUGACUAAGGCAUGGGGAGCAUGCAGGAGCGCGGUUGGCGCCGGGCGGGUCGCCUUGUGGUAGGUGUCGUCGACUGGGAAGUGCAUGCAAGUGGCAUCAGGUCGAUAAGGGUGGCG